UUGAUAAAUUUCACCAGAAGAAUAAAUAUUUCUAACUUAACAAUGAACUUGGUAACUCAUCCUCUAGAAUUUAUGAGUUUUUAUAGUUAGGUGUUAAUCAUUAUAUAAUUUUAAGAUCCUAUGAAUGGUAGUGACAGAUGACUUGGCAGGAUUACCCUGAGGUCAUGGCGGCACACCGUGAUCACAAGCACUAUGUGGAUUGGUCCCUUACCAGCACAGCAACAAUCUUGGCCUCAAAGUUUCCUGCUCAUCAUGUGUUAGUUAUCAAACCCAGCAGAAUGGAAAGGAAAACAUUCAGCUGUUAUGACAACUUUGUGUCUAGCAACAGUGUUGGUGCACCAACACAUGAACCUAGAGUAACAGCCUUGAGUCACCUUGCCACACUAAUACCAGAAGCACUCAGGAAAGCUCAAGCUCUGCAUACAAAUACAAGAGAAGAAAUACCUACAGUUCACCAAUCUUGUGACUCAUCACAGUCAUCCUGUAUCAAUAACCCUCAUGAAUGGGGCACUUCAGAUCCUCAAUAUUGUGCUGCAAAUAUUCCUCUUUGGUUAAAAAAUUACUUUGAAGAGACGGACCUUGAUGAGAUAAUUCUCAUUGGGUUUAGCAAGGGAUGUGUUGUACUAAACCAAAUUAUAACUGAACUUCAUGCUUUGAUGACUGUGGAAUCAUUGCAAAACAAGCAGACUGUUAACUUUAUUGAUAAGGUAAGAUGUUUUUAUCAUGUCAUUUGCAUGGUAUGGUAUUGAAAUUGAUAAAGGAUAAAUGAAUGUAUGGCAUAUAUUUCCUUAGCCAUAAAUAAGCUC